AUGGGCGGAAACCAAUCAGUUCCCAAGGUUACUCCGCAAGACCGGGCCAUCCUCGACUUGAAGCUCCAGCGGGAUAAGCUGCGGCAAUACCAGAAGAAGAUACAAGUUAUCCUUGACAGGGAGCAUGAGAUUGCCAAAGCCCAUCUAGCCGCGGGACAGAAGGACCGGGCUGUUAUCGCCCUGCGAAGACGGAAAUACCAACAAGGCCUACUCGUGAAGACAGAUGGCCAGCUGGAGAAUCUCGAGCAACUGGUGUCGACGAUCGAGUUCUCCUUGGUCGAGGUGUCUGUCCUCCACGGGCUCAAGCAGGGCAAUGAAGUGCUCAAGGAGAUACACAAGGAGAUGAAUGUGGAAAGCGUGGAGAAGCUAUUGGAAGAAACGGCUGAGGCCAGAGCUUACCAACGCGAAAUUGAUGAAAUGCUGGCCAACACUCUCACCUUGGAUGAGGAGGAAGCUGUACAAGACGAGCUCAAGGAGCUACAAGCUCUUGCUAUGGUGGAGGCAAAGCAAGAGGCAGACGCCAAGUUGCCCUCCGUACCAACGGAGAAGCCUGCAGAGGUGGCAGACCGUGUUCCUACUCCAGAACCAGCGAGGGAAGCAGGCGACAGAGUCGCUGUUCCAGCUUAG